CCGGUGUGAGUGAGGAAGGGAUUAAACGUCCGUCUCGAGCUGCUCUCUUUCCGUGAAAGAACGGCAGCCCGUCGCGUUUAUUGGCGUAUACAACCGGAGCCGCGUUCUGACGACUCGUUUGUUUACUCCCCAAGCUGUUUAUGAGUUAGGGAUGAACUGAGAAUGAAUGUCAACCAGCAACCUCACAUGACCUCUCCCUAUGGGCAGCCUCAGCCUGGGUAUCAGGGCUACCCCCAGCCCGGCUAUGGGGGCGGGCACAUGCCAGCAGGCUAUCCGGCUCAGUACGCACCUUAUAACGGGCAGGGCACUGCCUACCAACAAGGUCCACCACAAGGAUAUUCUCCUUAUGCAAGCUUUCCCUCUAAGACUCUUGCAACAAAUUUAGCCUCUGACCUGUCCUCCUCUCCUCUUAACCUAGGUAUGAGAGGACCCCCCACGUCAGGGGCACCACCAGUCUCAGGUGCCCAGAACUAUGCUCAGUUUUGGCAAGGAGACAUUCAGAAUGGACCACCUCCGAUGGGUGCUACAUCACAGAGUAGGCCUCCAGUGUCUCAGCCAUACACUCCAGGUGCAGGGAAUCUCCAGAUUGGAGUCCCACCUGUCAGCAUGCAGCAGAUGACCAAUCAGAUGGCCAGCAUGCAGGUUGGCUCUACUGCACCCUCCCCUGCUGGCCCGGGCUAUGCCCCUCCCUCAGUAACCCAGUCUCCAAACUCAGCUGCCUACACACCUGCAGCUCCUCCCACUUUUUCACCUUCUACAGCUGCUCCCACACAGCCUCUGCCUACUGAAGGUGUGGCUCAGCCACCACCUCGGUCAUACUAUGGAGCUCCGCCUCCUGCCCAGCAGCCUUUCCCAAAUCAUGCCGCACCUUUCUCCACCGCUGGCCCAACCCAGCCCCAAGCUCCACCUCCUGUCUCUCAGCAAUCCUUCCCUCAAGCUCCACCUGUCUCUCAGCCUCCUUUUUCCACAGCCCCUCCUCUAGGCAACACCCUGUCAUAUGGUGGCCCACCUCCUCAUGCACAUCCCUCUUUCCCAAGACCACAGUUUCCCACCUCCCAGCCCUCUGCUUUCCCUGGAGGUCCACCACCCACCUCUACUCCUCAGCUUGCAGGGCCCAUGCCACCCUUGCCCCAGCCACCAGUUUCCCAACCCUCUCCUUACAGCUCAGGUCCCCCUCUAACCCCUACAGGGUUUUUACCACAAGGGGGUGCUCAACCAAUGCCUCCCCAUCCUGGAUUUCAGGGCCCUCCUAUGGCAUCACAAGGGCCUCCAAUGACACAGGCAAACCAUGUACCCCCUUCACAACCUGGCAUGUCAUCUGGUCCUACCAAUGCUAGCAUGUCAGGGCCACCACCACAGCAAGGAAUGCAGGGUUAUCCGCCUCAGCAAAAUGGUGCUUUCGGGCAGGUCAGAGGGCCUCAGCCUGCUUAUGCAGGGGCAUAUCCUGGGCAACCUAACUACAGUGCACCUCCUACUGCAUCUGCUUCAGCACCAUCUGCCCCGAAGAGGCUUGAUCCUGAUUCAAUCCCAAGCCCGCAAGCCUCUGACAUGCCGCCUGUGCAGAAAACAAGACAUAGAAUAGACCCAGACUCAAUUCCCAGUCCAAUUCAGGUCAUUGAGGAUGACAAGGCAAACAAGGGAAAUGAACCUUUUACUACAGGAGUCAGAGGUCAAGCCCCACCACUGAUCACAACCAACUUCCAAGUCAGAGAUCAAGGUAAUGCAAGUCCACGGUACAUCCGAUGCACAGCCUAUAACAUACCCUGCAGUUCUGACCUGGCCAAACAGUCCCAGGUGCCCCUUGCUGCUGUUAUCAAGCCCCUGUCCACUCUGCCCCCAGAUGAGACACCGCCAUAUCUUGUCGAUCAUGGAGAAAGUGGGCCCAUCCGUUGUAAUCGCUGUAAGGCCUACAUGUGUCCUUUCAUGCAGUUCAUUGAAGGUGGCCGUCGCUUCCAUUGUGGCUUCUGCAGCUGUGUCACCGAGGUGCCUCCCCAUUACUUCCAGCAUCUGGAUCAUACAGGGAAGAGAGUGGACUGCUAUGACCGACCAGAGCUCUCUAUGGGCAGUUAUGAGUUUAUGACUACUGUGGACUACUGUAAGAAUAACAAGUUUCCUCAGCCGCCAGCCUUCAUCUUUCUGAUUGAUGUGUCCUACAACGCAGUGAAGAGCGGCAUGGUGGGAAUUGUAUGCCAAGAGCUGAAGACACUGUUGGAUUACUUGCCCAGAGAGAACCCUGAUGUGGAAUCAAACAUUCGAGUUGGCUUCAUCACCUACAAUAAAGUGCUUCAUUUCUACAACGUGAAGGCCUCUCUUGCCCAGCCACAGAUGAUGGUUGUGUCAGAUGUGGCUGACAUGUUUGUACCUCUAUUGGAUGGAUUUCUGGUCAGUGUUUCAGAGUCCAGGGUGGUGAUUGAGAGUUUGUUGGAUCAGAUCCCUGAGAUGUUUGCCGACACACGGGAAACUGAGACCGUGUUUGGGCCUGUUAUUCAGGCAGGGCUGGAGGCGCUCAAGGCUGCAGACUGUGCCGGAAAGCUCUUUGUUUUCCACUCUUCUCUGCCUAUCGCUGAGGCUCCAGGCAAACUGAAGAACAGGGAGGACAAGAAACUACUGGGCACUGAUAAAGAGAAGUCAUUAUUCCAGCCACAGGUUAGUUUUUACAACACCCUGGCCAAGGAGUGUGUGGCCCAGGGUUGCUGUGUGGACCUCUUCCUCUUUCCAAAUCAGUAUGUUGAUGUAGCAACAUUAGGGGUGGUGCCCACUUCAACGGGAGGCUCCAUCUACAAAUACACCUACUUCCAGGCUGCAACUGACCAGGAGCAGUUUCUCAAUGACCUGAGGAGAGAUGUGGAGAAGCAGAUGGGCUUUGAUGCAGUAAUGAGAGUCCGCACAAGCACAGGUAUCCGGGCAACAGACUUCUUUGGUUCCUUCUACAUGAGCAACACCACAGAUGUUGAGCUGGCAGGACUAGACUGUGACAAGACCGUUACCGUAGAGUUCAGACAUGACGACAAGCUCAGUGAGGAGACUGGAGCUCUUAUGCAGUGUGCUGUUCUGUACACUAGCUGCAAUGGUCAGCGACGGCUUCGGAUUCAUAAUAUGGCAGUGAACUGCUGCUCUCAGCUGGCAGACCUGUACAGGAACUGCGAGACGGAUACUAUUAUCAACUUCUUCGCCAAAUAUGCAUUUCGCAGUGUACUCAGCAGUCCUACCAAGAAUGUGCGUGACAGUCUGUUGAAUCAGUGUGCACAGAUCUUAGCCUGUUACCGCAAGAACUGCGCAAGUCCAUCUUCAGCAGGACAGUUGAUCUUGCCGGAGUGUAUGAAGCUGCUGCCCGUGUAUCUAAACUGCAUAUUGAAGAGCGACAUUCUGCAGCCCGGAGCAGAUGUUUCCCUUGAUGACCGUGCCUACCUGAGACAGCUGGUCAGUGGCAUGGACGUGGCUGAGAGCCAUGUGUUUUUCUACCCUCGGCUACUUCCACUGCAAAAGCUGGAUGUCGAGAGCACGUCCCUGCCUUUGGCAGUAAGAGACUCAGAGGAGAGACUAUCAAGAGGCGGAGUGUACCUGUUAGAAAAUGGGUUGAACCUUUUCAUCUGGGUGGGGGUCAAUGCCCAGCAAGAGCUACUCCAAAAUAUCUUUGGAACACCUGCCUUCAGCCAGAUAGACCCUAGCAUGGCAUCUCUGCCGGCUUUGGAUAAUCCUUUUUCAAAGAGACUGAGGGAGAUUAUCGAGUCUGUCAGGACACAGCGCCCACGAUACAUGAAGCUUAUGGUGGUGAAACAAGAAGACAAACUGGAGAUGAUCUUCAAGCACUUCCUGGUGGAGGAUAAAAACAUCAAUGGUGGAGCCUCUUAUGUGGACUUCCUGUGUCACAUGCACAAGGAGAUUCGUCAGCUCUUGAGCUAGGAGCAUCAUCACACCCUCUCCUCCCCUGCCUCUAUUCAGAUGCGCUUUAUCUUUUUAUUUGAGAUAAUAAACUAAAUCCCUUUGCCCAUCAUCUCCUCUUCCUCAUUUAGUCGCAUCCACAGUGACUCUCGAGGAAGAAGCCACCUUGUAAAGGAAACAUUUCUCCAUCAGAUUAUGGUGUUAAUUUUAUUUUAGUGGUGGGAGUUUUGACCAGACCUUCUCCUCUCUGGUGAUGGUGGGCUUGUGAGACUGUAUGUGUCGUGUGUGUGUGUGUGUGUGUGUUUGUGUGUAUGGAAGCUGAUCUGAGGUCAUGUUGUGAAGCCUCUAUUAGAGAAUAGAGUUGGUUCAUCCGAAAUUGAAAAAAAAUCUGUCAUCGUUUACUCAACCUCAUGUUGAUUCAAACCCCUAUGACUUUUUUUCUUCCAUGGAACACAAAAGGCAGAAUUUUAGCCUCAGUCACCAUUCACUUUCAUUGCAUGGAAGAAAGGUAAAUGACGACAGAAUUUUCAUUUUUUGGGGGGAUGAACUGUUCCUUUUUAAAACGCUUCGUGAAACUAACAGUGUCUUCAGAACAUCUAGUGGGUUUUAGAGUGUUUGUGCACGCGUCUGCGGCAUGUUUGAAUGUGAACGUCAAUGUUGAUUGUACUGGGUGUUCUGUGAAAAACACUAGCACUGAUUAAUUAUCUCAAGGUACCAAGGGACAGAAAAUUAAACUGCAUUAGAAAUGAAUCUAGACCUACUCUUAAGUACAGCGAAAUCGAUAGUCCUCAUGAUAUUCCAAUAUGAAUCAAAAGAUAUUUUAGAAUAAAUUAGACUAAUUUCCUUACCCGAUUCUUUGUGUUUCAGCCUCAGUUCUUCUCUCUUUACCUUGGCCUUACUGAUACUGUAUCCUUCACCUUCAUUAUUCUGUUUAUCAUGCCUAAUUUUUGUCUCCGUCAUUGCAUUGUCAUCUUUUUAAUGAGUGUAAAGACUCUCAGCCAGUAGACUCUACGGGAGUUUGAAGUGUGAUGUUAAUUGAACAAAAUGUCUUUAACUCUGAAAACAUUAAAAUUAAGUCUAUGCAUCAAUUUCUCUUUAAAAGAAAAAGGGAGGGCAGUACAAGAGCAUAAUGUCUAACUGAUUUGAGAGCCGAAUAUAUCUGUACACAUCUGUUUUGCUUGUAAUGUUGCCCUCAGCAUCCAUAAUAUGGGGAUACACCUAAAACUGAUAGUGCCAUUUCUGUAUCGGAUCAUAGGAUGCCCCUCCGCCUGAAUUUCAGGAGGAGGGGAUUUGAAGUGUUGUCAAGAUCCUUCAACAGAUAUGUCAGUAAUUGGGCAUAAAUUACGCGAAGCAAGUGCGACUGCUUCUGUCAUUCGUUGAAAACCCUAUUUAAUUUUCUUUUUUCUUUUCUGUAUGGUCUGUUUGUAACCUGUAAUGUGCUUGAUCUUCAUGUAUCAUAUAUGAUUUAAUAUGCUCUAAAUCUGUUUGGAAGUUUUAUGAUCCUGCAGCAGGUGGGGUCGAGCAGCUGAGUGCUGGCUUGAGCUCUCCUGCUUGGAGUUUGUGUGUCUAGGGUAUUAAUCUUUGCGCAAUGGAGGCCUGUGCUGAGAUUGGAGUGUGAGACUUAUUUAGAAACUGACCAUUUAUAGCCGUUUUUCAAAAGCGAACAAUGUUUUCAAGCACAUACAGAAUUGCGACCUUAAAAGCAAUCAACACUGAAUACCCUGUCAUCAUCACAUUUAUUACAUGUACAGAAUUAAAAAUCACAUUUUAAAAAUGAUGUCCGUUAGCGUGAAUCUUUUAUGUGAGCAAAAAUGCAUACGUUUGUGUGAGCUGAAGAAUGAUUCUUUCAAACAAUUUUUUUAAUUAUGUUUUUUCCCACUUUUAAAAUCUCUCCCCAAAUGCUCCUGAAUAUUUUACAACCUCCUCUUAGUCCUUUUAAAAGAGUUUCCUAAUUAUGUAAUCUCUAUCCAGUAUUACAGGGAUCUUUUAUAUAGUUGAUUGUGCUGGUGUGUUUACUUGGUGGUAUGUCCUAGUGAAGUUCUCUUUGGAACGGAGGGAUCAGCCUUUACUGAGAUUUCUUUUUUUUUUUACUUAAUUUUUUGUGUUUGAAAUCUCUAAUCCAUGUGUUCAUGUUGGCAAGAGACUCCCACAGAAUGUUUUAGAGUUGUCUUGUUUCAUAUAUGCCACCUGACUGCAAAUAAAUAC